AUGGCGAUCAGGCAUGAUAUCAGCAUCAUGGAUAGCAAUUUCUUACCGGCUGACCCGCCGCCGAUAACGGAAGUGUCGUACCAACCAAAGACUGACUUAGCAACCGAGUACUUCAAUACGUUUAAUCAGAUAUGUGAAAAUUACCGACCGGAGUCCGAUGUGAACCUUCGCCAAACUUCGGAUAGUCUUCGGCUCUCGUCGGAAAUCCUCGACGGUGUUCGCUCUGAGUAUAUAAACACAGACUUUACCGGCAAAGACUAUGACUAUAGUGCGGAAAAAGUGUUUUUGAGUGGCAAGGACGAACAUAUCUUUCAAUUUGGACAGCCUGACGCUUCGGCGUUACUCAGGCACAGAGCGAGAAGAAGAUAUAACGAAGAGCAUGGGCUGCAACCGCCUGCUACGACAAGUCAGGAGAGUGGGUAUGGCAGCGAUGAAUUCGGCCACGACUCCCCGUCGCGGUACGCAUCCCCCAAAGGCGCGGGCGCAGGCGGCGCGUACCAGGAAGCGUACUACGCGGGCGGCGAGUGGGCCGCGCCCUAUUACCAGCCGCCACCGCCGCCUUACCAGCACGACCCUUAUGCUACGUCGCCUGGUAUAGCAGGCGCCCCAGUGGGUGAGGCAGGCGGUGGGGCGGAACUACCUUUGCCGCCGAUGUCCUCCUUCCGCGCCGCCGCACCUCAUCAUUCGCCCACAGAUCCCAUGCUCGUCGCCAAACCGUCGUUGCAACCGAUAUAUGGAGGGUCCGCGAGUACCCCAACAGUGGGAGCAGCGGAAGCUGGUAGUUUAUCGUCGUAUGGCUCGUCGCCCUCAACGCCUGUACACUCGCCGCCACCGCUCCAUGCGCGCUUGUACCCUGCACCUCCCGGCCCACCUGCACCACUUAAGCACUCACCCGCGCACACGCACACGCAACUUCAUGUACAUCAUCAUAAUGGACAGCAAUCAAACUGGGUCUCCUCUGGUGUGUCAUCUCCCCCUUCAGCGUCGACACCACACGCUCCUAUACCCGCUGCAGUGCUACCAAACGGACACCAUCAGCCCAUGCCCGUGUUCAAUAGUGCUGUUAUGGGUGGGGGAGCCGAGCAGAGACAACUGGACGAGGCCAUGGUGUUCCUUCGAGAACAUAACGAUGUUGGUGCUCGUAUGGAGGAGAGGCUGGACGACGCCAUCAACGUGCUCCGCAACCACGCGGAGGCGCCCGACCUCUACCCGCAGGACAUGCACCACCCGCACCCGCCACCACAAGUGUCUCGGCUGGCGGUGGGCGGAGGUCUCCCCCUGCACUCAGAGCCCCCCAUCAAAAUGGAGAGACACGUAUUGCCCAAUACGAAGAAGCGCAAGGAGCCGCCGGACUCGGGGCUGGACUCGAAGCCGUCCUCGUCGGGCUCGGCCGACGCGCUCGCCAACAAGGCGCCCAGCUCCAAGCGCUCCCGGAGAUAUUGUUCGUCGGCGGAUGAGGACGACCUGGAUCCAGACACGAAGGCGGCGAGAGAGAGAGAGCGACGACAGGCCAACAAUGUUAGAGAGAGGAUAAGAAUACGCGAUAUAAACGAAGCGCUAAAGGAACUAGGUCGGAUGUGCAUGACCCAUCUGAAGAGCGACAAGCCGCAGACCAAGCUUGGCAUCCUCAACAUGGCCGUGGAGGUCAUCAUGACGUUGGAGCAACAAGUUAGAGAACGUAACUUAAAUCCGAAAGCGGCGUGUUUGAAACGCCGCGAGGAGGAGAAAGCAGAAGAAGCGCCCAAACUGCUGCCAGCGCCGCUACAACACUAUCAACCCAUGCCGGGCAUGGGCCAGCUCCCGGGCCAGCCGCCGACGGGCGCGCCCCCCCAAUAG